CAAGUUUUCACACUGGAGCUCACCUUCCCAAUUUCCUACCUUUCUCUCUCUAAAACUCUUCCUUUUUCAUGGAUCUGCGCUUCUCUCUCUAAAAACCAGCGAUACUCGCCGAAUCUUCAACUCAAUUUAGCUGCUUGCUGCCGCGAUUCUACCGGCGAGUAGAAAAAUCAGCAUUGACUAGGGGGAAAAAAUUUAUAUAUUAAUUAAAAAAUCAUUAAUUGAUGAGGGUGCCGUGUUGCUCAGUUUGCCAGAACAAGUACAACGAGGAGGACCGGUGCCCUCUCCUCCUCCAAUGCGGCCAUGGCUUCUGCCGCGAGUGCCUCUCCAAGAUGUUCUCCGCCUCGCCAGAUUCGUCCCUCUCCUGCCCCCGCUGCCGCAGCGUCUCCACCGUCGGGAACUCUGUCUCCGCCCUAAAGAAGAAUUACGCCGUCCUCUCCUUGAUCCAGGGCGGCGAGGACGACGAGGAUGAUGAGGACGAUGAGGAUGACGAGGGUAGUGUUAAUAGGGCUUUUAUUAGCAACAAUUUGUGUGGGAAUAGUAGUGUUGUAAAUAGUAGUAGCGGCGGCGGCGGUGGUGGUUGUGUUUAUAGCAAUGGGGGUAGGAGGGUUGGGGAGGGUUCUAGAGGGGGGAGGAUUGAUUUGGGGGUGCAUAAAGAGGUGAAAUUGGUUAAGAAGAUUGGGGAAGGGAUUAGCAGGAGGGCGGGGGUUGAGAUGUGGGCGGCGAUUGUGUCGGGGAGGGGAUGUAAGCAUAAGGUGGCGGUGAAGAAGGUGGUUAGUGGGGAGGAUACGGAUGUGGUGUGGAUGCAGGGGCAGCUUGAGGAGUUGAGGAGGAAAUCGAUGUGGUGUAGGAAUGUUUGCACUUUCCAUGGAGCUAUGAAGAUGGAGAGUAGCCUUUGUUUAGUGAUGGAUAGGUGUCAUGGGUCUGUGCAGACGGCAAUGCAGCGGAAUGAAGGGCGUCUCACGCUCGAGCAAAUACUCAGAUAUGGAGCAGAUAUCGCCCGGGGAGUUGCUGAACUUCAUGCUGCAGGUGUUGUUUGUAUGAAUAUUAAACCAUCCAACCUGCUCCUGGAUGAGAAUGGUCAUGCCUUGGUCUCUGAUUACGGGCUCCCAGCCAUCUUAAAAAAGCCUGAUUGCAGAAAAUCCGGAAAAGAAUGUGAGCCCUCAAAAAUUCAUUCAUGCAUGGAUUGCACAAUGUUGAGCCCAAACUAUACUGCCCCUGAAGCAUGGGAACCUGUGAAGAAGUCGCUGCAUCUUUUCUGGGAUGACGCCAUUGGCAUAUCUCCUGAAUCUGAUGCAUGGAGCUUCGGUUGCACAUUGGUAGAAAUGUGCACGGGUACCAUUCCGUGGGCUGGUCUAAGUGCUGAAGAAAUCUAUCAAUCUGUUGUCAAAGCCAAACGACAGCCUCCUCAAUAUAGUGUAGUUGGUGUUGGAAUACCGAGGGAAUUGUGGAAGAUGGUUGGUGACUGCCUGCAGUUCAAGGCUGCAAAAAGGCCAACUUUUCAUUCAAUGUUGGCAAUAUUUCUUCGUCAUUUGCAAGGGAUCCCUAGGAGUCCACCAGCAAGCCCAGACAAUGACUUGCCUAUUACACCUGUAAUAAAUGGGAUUCCUCCCUCCACAUCAGCUGAGGUGGAGGUUCAGCUAGCAAAUCCCAACCUUCUACAUCGACUUGUCUCUGAAGGAAAUUUCACUGGCGUGAGAGAGUUGCUUGCAAAGACUGCUGCUGCACAUGAUCGUAAUAUUCUACAUUCACUUCUAGAAGCACAAAAUGCGGAUGGCCAAACUGCUCUUCACCUGGCUUGUAGGCGGGGCAGUGUUGAACUGGUUGAAGCUAUUUUGCAGUACGACGAGGCUAAUGUUGACGUCCUUGACAAAGACGGUGACCCACCUCUUGUUUUUGCUCUGGCAGCUGGGUCACCUGAAUGUGUUCGAGCACUCAUUAAACGCAAUGCAAAUGUGAGGUCCCGGUUGAGGGAAGGCCUUGGUCCAUCAGUUGCUCUUGUCUGUGCCUACCAUGGCCAACCAGAUUGCAUGCGAGAGUUAUUAUUAGCGGGCGCUGAUCCAAAUGCUGUUGAUGAUGAAGGUGAAUCUGUACUUCACAGAGCUGUUGCGAAGAAAUACACUGACUGUGCUAUUGUUAUAUUGGAAAAUGGAGGAUGUAGAUCUAUGAGAAUCUUGAAUUCUAAACAUCUGACGCCUCUGCAUUUGUCUGUAAUGACCUGGAAUGUAGCUGUUGUCAAAAGAUGGGUAGAGCUUGCAUCUGUGGAUGAGAUUGAAGAAGCAAUAGAUAUCCAGAGCCCUGUAGGAACAGCUUUGUGCAUGGCAGCUGCCUCCAAGAAAGAUCACGAACCUGAGGGUAGAGAGCUGGUGAAGAUACUGCUGGCUGCCGGAGCAGAUCCAACAGCUCAAGAUACCCAGCAUGCCCAAACCGCGCUGCACACUGCUGCUAUGGCUAAUGAUGUUGAGUUAGUAAGGAUCAUAUUGGAAGCUGGCGUGGAUGUGAAUAUAAGGAAUGAGCAGAAUACCAUCCCUCUCCAUGUAGCACUGGCCAGAGGUGCAAAGUCUUGUGUUGGAUUGCUUCUAUCAGCUGGGGCAAACUGCAACAUGCAGGAUGAUGAUGGUGACAAUGCAUUUCAUAUUGCUGCUGAUACGGCAAAGAUGAUACGUGAAAAUCUGGAAUGGAUCAUUGUUAUGCUUAGAUAUCCUGAUGCUGCAGUUGAUGUUCGGAAUCACAGUGGUAAGACAUUACGGGACUUCUUGGAGGCUCUUCCUAGAGAAUGGAUUUCUGAAGAUUUGAUGGAGGCACUGGCGGAGAGAGGGGUCCAUAUGUCUCCUACAGUAUAUCAAAUUUGUGACUGGGUAAAAUACAGACGAAGCAUAACGGAACCAACUUAUGGCUGGCAAGGUGCAUCACACAGGAGCGUAGGCUUUGUCCAAAGUGUCCUGGAUAGUGAAACCCUCAUUGUAAUAUUUUGUUCUGGAGAAGCUCAAGUACUAGCAAACAAAGUACUAACAAAUGAAGUCAUAAAAGUAAUUCCACUUGACAGAGGGCAGCAUGUCAAACUUAAAUCUGAUGUCAUAGAGCCAAGAUUUGGUUGGCGGGGUCAGUCACGAGAUAGCAUAGGAACAGUUUUGUGUGUUGAUGAUGAUGGAGUCUUGCGUGUUGGAUUCCCUGGAGCAUCUAGAGGAUGGAAAGCAGAUCCUGCAGAAAUGGAAAGAGUUGAAGAAUUCAUGGUUGGAGACUGGGUUCGUAUACGCCCAACACUGACUACAGCUAAACAUGGACUUGGAGCCGUGACUCCAGGAAGCAUAGGUGUAGUUUAUUGUGUUAGACCCGAUAAUAGUCUGUUAUUGGAACUAAGCUAUCUUCCUGCUCCCUGGCAUUGUGAACCUGAAGAAGUUGAGCAUGUGGAACCAUUUAGGAUUGGUGAUCGAGUUUGUGUAAAGCGGUCUGUUGCUGAACCUAGAUAUGCAUGGGGUGGUGAGACACAUCAUAGUGUUGGAAGAAUUAGUGAGAUAGAAAAUGAUGGUCUUCUGAUAAUUGAAAUCCCCGAUCGGCCUAUUCCAUGGCAAGCUGAUCCUUCUGACAUGGAAAAGGUGGAAGAUUUUAAGGUAGGAGACUGGGUUAGAGUAAAAGCUUCUGUUCCCUCACCGAUAUAUGGAUGGGAAGACGUUACAAGGAACAGUAUAGGUAUUAUCCACAGUUUGGAGGAGGAUGGUGAAAUGGGAGUUGCAUUUUGCUUCCGAAGCAAGAUUUUCCGCUGUUCGGUUACAGAUGUGGAGAAGGUACCUCCUUUCGAAUUGGGUCAAGAUAUUCAUGUGAUUUCUUCUGUUACUCAGCCUCGUCUUGGAUGGUCAAAUGAAACACCUGCUACUAUUGGAAAAGUAGUGAGGAUUGACAUGGAUGGUGCCCUGAAUGUGAAAGUUACUGGGAGACAAAGUUUGUGGAAAGUUUCCCCUGGUGAUGCAGAAAGACUUCCAGGUAUUGAAGUUGGUGACUGGGUGCGUUCAAAGCCAAGCCUGGGUACCAGACCUAGUUAUGAUUGGAACACCAUAGGUAAGGAAGGUUUGGCAAUUGUGCACAGUGUACAGGAUACUGGUUAUCUAGAGCUAGCUUGCUGUUUCCGCAAGGGAAGGUCGAGUACUCAUUAUUCUGAUGUUGAAAAGGUCCCAGCAUUUAAAGUUGGACAACAUAUAAAAUUCAGAUCUGGUCUUGUUGAGCCAAGAUGGGGUUGGAGAGGUGCUCAUGCUGAUUCUCGGGGUGUUAUUGUUAGUGUAAAUGGUGAUGGUGAGGUGAGAGUAGCGUUCUACGGUGUACCGGGUUUAUGGAAGGGGGAUCCUGCAGAUAUAGAAGUCGAGAAAAUGUAUGAGGUAGGGGAGUGGGUUAGAUUGGGAGAUACUGCUCCUAGUUGGAAAUCUGUUGCCCCCGGUAGUGUUGGUGUGGUACAAGGGAUUCAGUGUGACAACAAUGAAUGGAGUGGAAAUGUUUUGGUUGCAUUCUGUGGAGAGCAAGAGUUAUGGGUUGGCAAUACAACCAAUCUUACUAAAGUCGACAAACUAGUGGUGGGGCAGCGAGUUAAGGUUAAGAACUCGGUCAAGCAACCGAGGUUUGGUUGGUCGGGACACAGCCAUGCAAGUAUAGGGACUAUAUCAGCUAUAGAUGCAGAUGGAAAACUCAGAAUAUACACACCUACUGGCUCUAAAUCAUGGGUGCUGGAUCCUUCGGAAGUGGAAACUAUUGAGGAAAGAGAACUUCAUAUUCGAGACUGGGUAAGGGUCAAGCCAAAUGUCAUUCCUACUCAUCAUUGGGGAGAUGCAACCCAUUCAAGCAUAGGAGUUGUGCACCGUAUAGAAGAUGAAAACAUUUGGGUGGCGUUCUGCUUUAUGGACAGGCUAUGGCUCUGUAAAACUCACGAGUUGGAAAGAUUAAGACCAUUCAGAGUCGGGGAUAAGGUAAAGAUCAAAGACGGGCUGGUGACGCCCCGGUGGGGAUGGGGCAUGGAGACUCACGCAAGCAAAGGUGAGGUAGUAGGAGUCGAUGCGAAUGGGAAGCUGCGGAUCAAGUUUAGGUGGCGUGAAGGGAGGCCGUGGAUCGGUGAUCCUGCUGAUAUUGUGCUUGACGAGAGUUGAACGCUGUGUGCCUAACAUUUUCUACCCAUACUGAAAUCUGAGGCGUCUCGACCCCAUUGAGGUAACAGCGCUCUGCAUAGCUAUCAAAUUGGAGUUGCUUCGCGGCGGAGGAGACGCCAUAUUGAUUAUAUAGCCGACGAUAAACUUAUAGAAGAAAGGGAUUGGGUUGAUGGUGUGCUCAACCCUAGCUCAGCUUGCUGACCUUAAUAUUAUUGAGUUGAAAAUUUAUGUGAAGCUAUUUGAGCUGUAGACUACAUACAAAUAAAGGUAUGGUUGUGGUUUAUUCGUUUGUAUAUUCGAAUAACAGAACAGUUUCCUCGUAUGAGUUCCAGUGAUUUCAGAUUUUUUUAA